AUGACGGACAGCAGUGAAAGGGAAUUUACUCUUAUAACUGAUGCCACUAUUACGACAGCUACAGAAUUAACGAGUAAUGUAAGUAACAGAGCUAAGCAACCAGAACUUGCCAAAAAUAAGCGAGAAUAUCCUACUCCACCACCUCUAAGACCAAAUCGAUUUCGUUACUCCCUCUUCGUCAUAACUACAUAUGUUGGGUUUGGAAACUCUGUUGAAAAUAUUUUCCGAGGAAUGGGUUAUCACAUGCCUAUAUCUCUUCUAUGUGCCGUUAUGAAUGUACCAACAGCAACUUUGUGUAUGUGUCCUUGUGUCCUCACAAAGCUUAGACGAAAGUUCCGUAAAAAGAAUGACAUCAAAGGGAGUUGUUUAAUGGAUUGCUUUCUUUCAUUCACCCUCUUCUGCUGUGUCGCAGCGCAACUGCUAACUGAAGCACGUGGAGUAAUAAUAGACCGAAAGAGAGGAACUAAUCAAGAGACUGAAGAGGAGGAUGACGAAGAAGAAUAA